AUGGAGACCUUUGUCUUCAUCUGGCUACUCCUCAUCUGCUUCACACACUUGGCUUCAUCUACCACUCAAGACUUCUCUUUCAUUGGCUUCAAAGAAGCCUCUCCAAAUCUAAUCUUGUCCGGAGUUGCAGGGAUCGCCGACACAGGAGCCAUCAGGCUCACAACAGACACAAGUCGCAUGACCGGUCACGCCUUCUACUCCUCACCAAUCCGGUUCAAACCAACCGGUCAGAACCGAACCACGUCCUUCUCAACCUCUUUUGUAAUCGUCAUGGUUCCAGAGUACGUCACGCUUGGAGGCCACGGACUUGCCUUCGCCAUCACGUCAACUCCAGAUCUUCAAAAUUCUCUUCCAAGCCAAUACUUAGGGCUUUUGAAUUCGAGCCGAGCUAACUUCUCAAGCAACUUCUUAGCUGUGGAGUUUGAUACCGUCAGAGACUUGGACUUUGAUGACAUCAAUGAUAACCAUGUUGGCAUCGAUAUAAACAGUCUUGAAUCAAGUACUUCAACUCCAGCUGGCUAUUUUCUCGCUAACUCAACCAAGAAGGAGCUUUUCUUAGACAGUGGUCAAGUUUUUCAAGCUUGGAUUGAUUAUGAUUCAGACAAGAAAAGGUUAAAUGUUAAGCUCUCUCCAUUCUCCGAGAAACCGAAGUUGUCUCUUCUCUCUUACGAUGUAGAUCUCUCUCCUGUCUUUGGAGAUGAGAUGUAUGUUGGUUUCUCUGCUUCCACCGGUUUGCUAGCUAGUUCUCAUUACAUCUUAGGUUGGAACUUUAACAUGAGUGGAGAAGCUUUGUCUCUCUCUUUACCAUCUCUCCCUCGGCUUCCUCGUCCAAACAAGAACAAGAAGAGCCCUGGCUUGAUCCUUGGAGUGUCUCUCUCGUGUUCCCUUUUGAUCAUCACGGUUCUUGUCGCUGCGGUUAUGUUUUUUAUCAAAAGGGCAAAAGAUGAUGACAGAGUUGAAGAAUGGGAGCUUGAGUUUGGUCCUCAUAGAUUCGCUUAUAGAGAGUUGAAGAAAGCUACUAAUGGAUUUGGAGACAAGGAGCUUCUCGGGUCUGGUGGAUUUGGGAAAGUAUACAAAGGAAAGCUUCCAGAUUCAGAUGAGUGGCAAAGUGGAGAUAUUAGAGAUGUUGUGGACAGGAGAUUGAACGGUGAGUUUGAUGAAGAGGAAGUGGUUAUGGUUAUCAAACUAGGGCUUCUAUGUUCUAACAACUCGCCUGAGGUUAGACCUACGAUGAGACAAGUGGUUAUGUAUCUGGAGAAGCAGCAUCCGUCGCCGGAAGUUGUCCCUGCGCCGGAUUUUUUAGAUAAGAAUGAUAGUAUGUGUGUUGGUGAUGGAAGUGGUAAUGGUGGUGAGUUUGAGGAUUUUGUGGACUCGGCUAGGUUUUAUAGUAGACCGCAUGAGACUGCUACUUCGUCUAUAUUCUCAUCUGCCGAUAAAACUAAAACGGAUCGGAGAUGA